UCGUAGCAAGACGAAUCCAUGCAUUAUCUAAUGAGAAUGUCUCUCACCAAGUGCUUACGUUUGUUGGUCCUCCUUAUCUCACUACAUGCUUCUCGAGUCUCCAGUCUUGUGACAAUACGGGCCCAUGCUGAGGAGAGACUCCUGAAGACGCUCUUCACUCGUUACAACAAGCUGUCCCGCCCUGUCGCCAACAUCUCCGAUGUGGUGCUGGUGCAGUUCGGCCUCUCCAUUGCCCAGCUCAUUGACGUGGAUGAGAAGAACCAGAUGAUGACCACCAACGUCUGGGUGAAGCAGGAGUGGAAUGACUACAAACUACGAUGGAACCCGGAAGAGUAUGACAAUGUGACCUCCAUCCGGAUUCCAUCCGAGCUCAUUUGGAGGCCAGACAUUGUCCUUUACAAUAAUGCUGACGGAGACUUUGCAGUGACUCACCUGACCAAGGCGCACCUGUUUCAUGACGGCAGGAUCAAAUGGAUGCCCCCAGCCAUCUACAAGAGCUCCUGCAGCAUCGACGUCACCUUCUUCCCCUUCGACCAGCAGAACUGCACGAUGAAGUUUGGCUCCUGGACCUACGACAAGGCCAAAAUCGACCUGGUGAGCAUGGCUAGCAAUGUGGAUCAGAUGGACUACUGGGAAAGUGGGGAGUGGGUCAUCGUGAAUGCCGUGGGGACUUAUAACAGCAAGAAGUACGAGUGCUGCACGGAGAUCUACCCGGACAUCACCUACUCCUUCAUCAUCAGGAGGCUGCCUCUCUUCUACACCAUCAACCUUAUCAUCCCCUGCCUGCUGAUCUCUUGCCUGACCGUGCUGGUCUUCUACCUGCCCUCGGAGUGCGGCGAGAAGAUCACCCUGUGCAUCUCCGUGCUUCUCUCCCUCACCGUCUUCCUCCUCCUCAUCACCGAGAUCAUCCCGUCCACCUCGCUGGUCAUCCCGCUCAUCGGCGAGUACCUGCUCUUCACCAUGAUCUUCGUCACCCUCUCCAUCAUCAUCACCGUCUUCGUGCUCAACGUGCACCACCGCUCCCCACGCACCCACAACAUGCCGCAGUGGGUGCGCCGGGUCUUCCUGGACCUGGUGCCUCGCGUGCUCUUCAUGAAACGCCCCUCCGCCGUCUGCAAGGACAACUGCAAGAAGCUCAUCGAGAUGAUGCACAAGAAAGGGAGUGCGCCGUCCUUCUGGCCCGGGAUGGAGGCGGAGCAGGCCUUCCCCGCCUCGCCCUCCGACAGCCCGGACAUCCUGGCCCCCUCCCCCUCCCCGCCCCUGGGCCACCCCCUGGAGGAGCACCUGCCCAAGACACAGCUUCUGUGCAGGUCCCCCUCCAGCCAGUAUUCCAUCCUCCUGGAGGAGCCCCCUCAGCUGGGCUGCCCCUCCUCCCCGGCCACCUCGCUGCACCGCCUGACGCUGGACGAGCCGCGCGCCCUGCACAAGGUGCGCUCGCUCAGCGUGCAGUACGGCUUCGGCGAGAGGGAACCGCCGCAGAGGACCACCCGCUGCCGCUCCCGGAGCAUCCAGUACUGCUGCCUCCACGAGGAGACCUCCCAGAGCAACAGCCAGAGCAGCGGCAAGUGCAGCCGCUCCCCCACCUUCCAGCACCACCCACUCACCCAGGAGACCUCCUGCGGCAGCCAGCCCCUGUGCAAGUGCCAAGCCCUGCCGGAGACAACGGCGCCCCCUGGCAGGCCCUCCAAGGUCUGCGGCGCGAAUGAGCAGCCCCUCUUCCUGAUGUCCCCCUCCAUGAAGCUAGCCUUUGAGGGUGUGCAGUACAUCGCCGACCACCUCAGAGCAGAGGACGCAGACUUCUCUGUGAAAGAGGACUGGAAGUACGUGGCGAUGGUCAUCGACAGGAUAUUUCUGUGGAUGUUUAUCAUGGUGUGCAUUCUGGGAACUGUGGGACUGUUCCUACCUCCAUGGCUGGCUGGAAUGAUCUAGAAAGAUCCAGAAUACAAGAAAACAUGCGUGGCCAAGUUGGAAGG